AUGUAUGCAGCGCCUUCAUUCCGAUCCUUGCCGUCAUACAAGUCAUUCAGUUCGACUAAAUCGCGCGGAACCAUCUCUGAUGCCGAUUUUGAUUUUUGUUUAAAGGAAGUUUUCAAAAGAUAUAAUUGUCCAGUUGGUAUCGCUAUCUGCAAAGAAUAUGUUAUCCGAGAUAAAAAAACUCCGAAGUCUCACGAAAGCAAAUUAAAAUACAAACGUAUUACUGCCUCACCACUUGGGCCAGACGCUUAUUCUAUCCAGACUUAUUAUGGACCUGAAGUGGGGGUCACUUUAGAACUUAUAACCAAAUAUGACCACGGUCACCUCACGGAGCUAAAGAUUUGUGAAUUCAGACAAAUUAUCCUACCGAAGAGCGCUCUGAAACUCAUUGGUUUAAUUGUCAACAGCUAUCAACAGCUCAAUAGGUUUACGAUCAAAAACUGUCGCAUAGACAAGUUUGUUGUUCAAGAGGUUGAAAAAAUCCUAAAUCGGUCCACGAUCACAGAAAUAUGUCUAGACGACUGUCCCUUGAGGGAAGCUAAUUAUGACAUCCUUUUGAAACCUAAUUCUUGUCUUAAAUCCCUAUCCCUGUGCAGAUGUAGAAUUGACGAUGAUAUGUGUCAGCGCUUAGCUGCCGAGUUGCACCUUUCAGAACAUGCGGAAAAAUACUUGGUUACCUUAAAUUUAUCUUCAAACCAGAUUAGUGAUACAGGGGCAAAAUAUUUUGCAGAAGCUCUCAGAAGUAAUAGACAUUUACGAUAUUUGAACUUGGCUGAUAAUUCUAUCAGCGAUGAAGGUGCGAGCCACUUAUUUAAUACAUUAAUAAAAUUCCCUUUAACUGAAGCUGAAAACAGGGCAAGAAAACAUCGGCAUAUGAUAUACAUGAGGAUGAAACACCGACUUUAUUUGGAAUGCGUUCGUGGUAUGGGCGGCCUUCAAAAACCGUCUGCACCGAGCGUCCAGUCUCGCGCUCGCAGCACCACUGUGACGUCACACAAGAAAAUUGCACGCGCAAAACAUACUCGUAAGUUAGUUCAGAAUAAAACGCACGUUACGCAAGUAAUGAGCACUGCGAGUGAAGAGAAUGUGGACGCUAAGGCAGAUUUGUUAGCUAAAGAAUUGGCUGGGCCGUUUGAGGACCCAUUUAGUCCUUCCAAUGUAAGAGUCGAAGAUGGUGUCCCGUAUUGUGUGGGUAAUUUCGUGUUAUGCUACCUAAAUCUACAGUACAACGACUUGACAUAUUUGAGUGUUACAAAGUUAGUAUCAGUGUUGGAGUAUCAGCAGGAGAACUUGCAGUCCGGCGAGUAUGGCCUCAUAAAAGUCCUCCUCUAUGGCAAUCCUCUUCCCAUACGAUGCGUCGAGCUGAAAAAUAUACAGGAAAUGUUGCACGCUCGCAUGUCGCGUUUUCAGAGCAAACUAAAAGUGACAAGCAAAACAUCAAGGAUAGGUAUCUACAGUGAGUCACUAUUAAAAUGA